AGCAAGGUUCAAGCGUGGCGGUGACUGUUGUGAACGCGCAUCGCAGGCUUGACGUCACUGAAGCGCCCUUGCUCUCCAGAGCGAGAGCUGGUUUGUGUUGGCAGAAAAGAUGGGAAAAUCUGAUAGAGCUUCUAUGCAGAGGAAAUAAGGAAAAUGUCUGUAUACGUAGCCGUUUUUCAUUUGACGCAGGAUACAAGAAAUUGACUUGACCCCCAUCGGACAAAACUAAAGCAAGAUCAGUCUUCUGUGUGUGGACCAACUGAAUGGCUGUACUUCAGUGCCAAGAGAAGCAGUCACCCAAUCCCUUCUGAGUAUGAGUGAGCGUGAAGCGAAAAUACUCACUAGUUGCAUGUGAAACAAUCACUCCAGUUGAAGCGACAUAAAAACACGUCUGCUCAAACGCUCAGAUCUGCUGUCAACACACACAUUCACAGCCAGGCUACAAGGCUCCACAUUUCAGACAAAUCUACCUCUUCAUUUCCAUCAUAAACUAGUCUGCUUCUCCACUUCAACUAUCAUGUACGGGAGUUCCCGUUCCGUGGGCAGAGCGGAGGCCAACCAUAGCGGAGGAGGAGGAGGAGGAAGAGAGAGAGAUAGAGAUGGAGGGAGAGAUGCAGGGAAUAGCCAGGGUUCGGGGCGUUCCCCUCGUCUCCCCCGUUCCCCGCGAAUGGGCCACCGUCGCACCAACAGCACAGGUGGUAGUGGAGGGGGUCCAGGUGGGGCGGGAGGUAAAACCCUCUCCAUGGAGAACAUCCAAUCCCUUAAUGCUGCCUACGCCACUUCAGGACCCAUGUACCUGAGUGACAAUGAGGUGGCCAUGUCUGACCAUGUGAACAAGAGCGGUCGGGAGAUGACCACAAUGGGACGGCAGAGGGUGACGUAUGGGUCAAGGGCGAGUGCUGGAGGGGUGGCGGCUAGCACCCCCAACAUCGCCACGUCGGCCCCAGCCAACACCGGGCUUCCUGGGGGUAUGAUGGCAGGCGACGCUCUGGCUUUUGGGGACCACCACAUGGCCUCCACAGUGCCCCAUUCCCUGAGGCAGGCUCGGGACAACACCAUACUGGACCUGCAGGCCCAGCUUAAAGAGGUUUUGCGUGAGAAUGAAUUGCUGCGUCGUGAGGUGGAAGUGAAGGAGAGCAAGCUGAGUUCCUCUAUGAACUCUAUCAAGACCUUCUGGAGCCCUGAACUGAAGAAAGAGAGAGCCCUGAGGAAGGAUGAAGUGUCCAAGAUCACUGUCUGGAAGGAACAGUACCGUGUGGUACAGGACGAGACACAGCACCUCCAUAUGACAGUUCAGGCACUGCAGGAUGAACUGAGGAUCCAGAGAGACCUGAACCAACUGCUCCAGCAGGACCCUACCAGUCAAGGUCGCGACCUGGCCCUUACUGCUGAACCGACAGAGGAGAACUACCGACGGCUGCACGGGGACCAUGAGAGGCAGGCAAAGGAACUGUUCCUGCUCAGGAAGACCUUGGAGGAGAUGGAGCUGAGGAUAGACACCCAGAAACAGACUCUGGGGGCCAGGGAUGAGUCCAUCAAGAAAUUACUGGAAAUGCUGCAGAGCAAAGGGCCGUCGGCUAAGGCGUCAGAGGAGGACCAGGAGAGGACCAGGAGGCUGGCUGAUGCUGAGAUGCACAGACACCAUCUAGAGUCCCUGCUGGAUCAGAGGGACCGUGAGACGGCUGCCCUCAGAGAGGAGCUGCAUCGUCGAUACGAGGGAACCCCAGAGUCAACCAAAACCAAGGCUCUACAGACUGUCAUCGACAUGAAGGAUGCCAAAAUCAACUCUAUGGAACGUGGUCUGAGGGACAUGGAGGAGGAGCUAUUGAUGAUGAAGUCCAACGGCCUACUGAGCUGUGAGGAGAGACAGGAGGAAAUGAAAAAGAUGGAGGUCUACCGCAGCCACACCAAGUUCAUGAAAAACAAGAUGGACCAGGUGAAGCAGGACUUGUCCAGGAAGGACACAGAGUUGCUGGGUUUGCAAACCAAGCUGGAGACUUUGACCAACCAAUUCUCUGACAGCAAGCAACACAUUGAGGUCCUCAAGGAAUCACUAACUGCUAAAGAACAACGAGCUGCCAUCCUUCAGACAGAGGUGGAUGCACUGCGUCUUCGUUUGGAGGAGAAGGAGUCCACCCUGAACAAGAAGAGUAAACAGAUCCAGGAGAUGUCUGAGGAGAAGGGAACACUCAACGGAGAGAUCCACGACCUCAAGGACAUGAUGGAGGUCAAGGAGCGCAAGGUCAACGUCCUGCAGAAGAAGAUUGAGAACCUGCAGGAGCAGCUGCGAGACAAGGAGAAGCAAAUGAGCAGUCUGAAGGAGAGGGUCAAGUCUCUACAAGCUGACACCUCCAACACCGACACAGCCCUCACCACACUGGAGGAGUCCCUCGCUGAGAAGGAGCGUAUUAUUGAGCGCCUGAAGGAGCAGAGAGACCGAGAUGACAGGGAGAAGACUGAGGAGAUCCACAGCAACAAGAAAGAACUGAAGGAUCUGAAGGAGAAAAUCAGUCAGCUGCAGGGAGAUUUGUCAGAUAGAGAGACCAAUCUUCUGGACCUAAAGGAGCAUGCGUCCUCCCUGGCCUCGUCAGGGUUGAAGAAAGACUCCAAGCUGAAGAGUAUGGAGAUCUCUCUGGAGCAGAAGAAGGAGGAGUGUCUCAAACUAGAGAACCAUCUCAAGAGGGCUCAAAAUGCGACAUUGGAGGCUAAGGCAAAUACAGAGCUUGUGGAGCGCAUCACCUCCCUGGAGCAGGAAGUCAUUCGAUACAAGGAGGAUUCUGGGAAGGCUCAGGCAGAGGUGGACCGACUGCUAGAGAUCCUAAGAGAGAUGGAGAAUGAGAAGAAUGACAAGGAUCGCAAGAUCAAUGAGCUGGAGAGCCAGUCCUCCAGGCAGACUAAGGACCAGAGUAAGAAGGUGGCAUCAUUGAAACAUAAGGAGCAGGUGGAGAAGAGCAGAAAUGCCCGACUGAUGGACGAAGCCAAAAAGAGAGAGGACAACAUCUCAGAGAGCUCUCAACAGGUCAAGGACUCGCUGCGGUUGAAGACGGAGCGAAUCGAGGAGUUGGAGGAGGCUCUGAGAGAAAGUGUUCAGAUCACGACAGAAAGAGAGAUGGUGCUGGCACAGGAGGAGGCAGCCAGGAACCACCAGGAGAAACAGAUUGAGGAGCUGCUGGGAGCCAUGGAGAAGGUGAAACAAGAGCUGGAGUCUAUGAGGGCCAAGCUGGCAUCUACUCAACAGUCCCUGUGUGAGAAGGAGGCCCACUUAACCACACUGAGAGCCGAGCGCAGAAAACACCUGGAGGAGGUGCUAGAGAUGAAACAGGAGGCACUGCUGGCAGCCAUCAGUGAGAAGGAUGCGAACAUUGCCCUACUGGAGCUGUCAUCAUCUAAGAAGAAAAAGACACAGGACGAGGUGUCUCUUUUGAAGAGAGAGAAAGACCGUUUGGUUCAACAGCUCAAACAGCAGACUCAGAACCGUAUGAAGCUCAUGGCAGACAAUUAUGAGGAUGACCACCUGAAGGCCACCCCCGACCAAACCAAUCACAAGCCUUCUCCAGAUCAGAUGAUCCCCCCUCUCCUGUCUUUGAAUGAGAAUCGCAGUAAGCUCAAGCUUGACAUCGCCCAUCUGACUGACCUUUGCCAUGACCGAGACCCUAGCAUCCUCAGUGAACUGACCCCGCCACCCCACUAUCACCAUGCCAACCCACCAGGCUGGGAGGAGAAGCUACACAAGAUGACUUUUGAGCAGUUGGAACUGGAGUUGGAGUUGUGUGAGAAGGAGUGUGGGGAGCUGCAAGAGUAUGCCAACUCAGUGUUACAGCAGAUCGCUGAUUACUGCCCUGACAUCCUUGAGCAGGUGGUGAACGCGCUGGAGUCAUCCUGACCUCUCUCACCUUAACUGACCGACCACCCCCAGAUGACCCUAUAAGCCUGCAUGAGUUUGGUGAUUGAAGACGGGGUGAUCCUACUGCCCUUCCAAAUGCCCAGUUGACGAACUGGAAGACAUUCUGGUGAUGGUCCUGUGUGAUUCAAAAACAGUCACACAGUGGGCUAAUGGUGGAAAGAUGAUGCUGCGUGGUCAUUGGUUGUUCAUGAACACAUCACACCAAAACGUUUUGAAGGGGGGAAAAAGUUACUGGAAAAUGUUUCCGUAACUCCUCUGUUUAAUUCCUUUCUAAACAUUUUCUCAGGUUAUUUCCUUCUGAUACAACCAUUAUUUGUCAUUUAAUCUCUUUUUUUCUAUGGUGAGGGGUUUGUGGUAUGAAAAUGUUUAGAAAGUAGUGUUUUAAACCAAAAUGUGGUGUAAGUACUUUAUUUCUCCGUUGUGAGUUUCAGGACAACAAACUUUUACCUCAACACCCCCCCCCCCCCCCCC